CAGAAACAAGUAUUUUUUGUUUUUAACUAAACACAGUAGCUGACCAGACCAGAGCACACAGGAACCACAGCGAGUAGCCACAUUUCUCUAGACAACGAUCAGAAAGUUUCAGAUCAACUACAGAGAAGGCAAAGACAUGUCUACAGUGAUGCAGUCCGUAUCUCCAAUGGAUAACACUGUUGUUAUCAAUGAAGAGGCUGUGAAGCCCAUCCUGAACAGGCAUUUUGAUCAAAUCUCUGAGGCACAGUGGAGCCUGUUAGCUGACGGGAUUUGUGACCCAGGAGUGGCCACAAUACUGACCAAUAUGAUUUGUGAAAUCAUACAGACCCUCUCGGCAUCCGCCUUCAGUAUAGCCUUGCCAAUGUUUGAGGAGCGUUUACGGAGGAACGAUUCACAGGCUGAUAUAACUUUAGCUUUGGAAAACCUCACCACGCAGAUGGAAAACUCCCUCUCUGGUACUUUUGCUCAAGUUCUUCAUAUCUCACCGGAAAAGUGUGAGAGUGCCGAAAAACUGACAGAGCUGAUCGAGGGGGAGGUUUUACAGAAGGUAACAUCUGCUGUAUCUCUGGCCAUCAACAGCCCUACCUGGCAGGAAGGGUCUGCCAUUUUUGUCCCUGGCUCCAUGUCCAGCACACCGUCUCUUAGUCAAAUGGUGAAUCAUGCUAGCAUAUGUCUGAAAAGCUCUAUGAGUAAGCUGAUGUCCUGUUGUCUAUGGUGCUGGUGGGCAAACAGACCUGAGUCCACAACACCGACUCCAGAACCAGAGAUAUGUGCGUCGUCUCAGAGCAAGAAAUCCAAGACUUCUGCUCCCUCGGUUAUACUUGAAUCGUCUCCGAGCAAGAAAUCCAAGACUUCUUCUCUCGAAGUGGAAUGUGAAUCAUCUCAGAGUGCAAAAUCUCAAAAUCUCGAGAUCUCUGUUCCAUCAGAAACAUAUCAGUCACCUCAGAGCAUGAGAUCCAGGGUCUCCGUCAUCUCUGUGACUCAAGCAGUGGCUGAAAUCCUUGACAAAUGGUCCGCUGAGGCACCGGAUCUGACAGAGGAGGCUGACUCUGCGCUCCAGCCUCCCAGCCCCUCUUUGGAGGCUUGUGAUGCAGCGUUUGAAAUUGUCAGCAUUAUAAGUAAUAACCUUCAUUAUGUGGACGGUGGAGAUGAUGGAUGCAAUGAGAAGAGCAGCUCAUCCAAACAUCAUUUCAGUUUGAAGUUAAUACUUAAAAAUGUGAAAGACUUUUUCACCUCACGGGCAGCAUGCUCAGAGGACGCCGCAAGCGACAACCAGAAGGGGCGCAAACAAAGAUUUUUUAAGUUUGCACGGAAACAAUUCAAGGAAAUGACGACAGAGCUGGAAACAUCGCUCCAGAAAGAAGACCUUGACUUUAUCGUGCCUCUCAGUCAGAGUUCAGGGUCCUCUCAGUCGACACUCAAAAGAGAAGACGGCUCUGCUGAGUUGGAAGCUGUUCCAGAGUCUCCAAGACCCAAAUCUGAGGCUUGCAUUCAGCCCAGCAGGACGCCAUCAGUCGAUGUCACACAGAAGCUUUCCUCCUUACAAGAGGCUAGCUGGAUCAAAAGUGCUUUUGAGAAGUUGUUCAGCAUUUUAUCCCUGCCCAAGAAAUCUGGACCAUAUGCCAAGAAGAACCUGACAAAGUUGGCCAGGCAGCUUUCAACAGACUUGACGGAUGAAUUAUAUGGUGACGCCAUGGCUAGUGGCACAGGACAACUUCCCUUAAAACAACUGAGUGGAAGUUUAUCUGACCCUGUCAUCAUCAGUCUUGGGGAGAGGGCGAACUCUACCCGCUGCGGCCCUUCUCUUCAAAGUAAGCAGGCCAAGAUAUGGGAUUCAGUGGGAAAGUUCUUUCAGCAGAUGUGUCUCUGGGCGGAGAAGGAGCAGUCACACCAGACAAGUCACAGUGAGAAAGUUUCUGGUGCGCUUAGCGACAUCGAAGACCUAAUCCAAAAAGUACUGACCCCAACGGAGGAAAAGAAUGUCAGCGCGCCGGAGGCCCUUGAAGCCAGCGACAGUGAGACUUCCGCACCCUAUUGUUCAACUCCAGUCUUACCUUUCAACGAUUUGUGCGAUGACGAUGAUGGCGAGUUGAAAGUGACCUUGGAGGAGACCAAUUUCAGAGUGGAUUCAGUAGACAUGUCCCUUAAUGUCACUCCUGAGGACAGACGGCUGUUUUCCCCCCGUCCAGUGUCUCAACUGAAUGAUGUUACCAGCUCUGACAAGUCGGGUGGGGGCUUAGAGUCAUCUUACACCUCCUCUUGUAUAUCAGAGAGAACAGCCAACUGCAUCAUCAUGGCUCUGUUCAUGAGACUCAUCAUGACUGCUCCUCGGAAAACCAGAAGAUUCACGAAGACAGCAGACAUCGACAAGAUCAUUCAGCGUCUCUCUGAAGUGGCGCGAGGUAACAUUGACAUCUCUGACUCGGACGUCAGAAAAACUAGAGAUAACUUGACAAAAAUCACCAAAGCAGUGAUCAAGGACCUCACGAGGGAGUUUGGCUCUUCUGAACGGCUACUGGAGGCUUCAAUGGCAACCAACAGUUCAUCUUUUGAUGAAGCUGUCAUUAGGUACCUGAAAAUCCAUCUGGAUGAGCUCUACAGACCAAAAAGGUCCGCAUUCGCCAGGUUCUUUUUAAGGCUGGGAAAAGCUUUAACCAAACCCUUCAGGUGUUGCACCACUGUUGAAGACUAACCAUCUCCACCUUCCCUCCCCCCCCCCUCGCUUCUUUUGACAUCACGAAGCCUGAAGCCUUCAUCCUGAAGGAAAAAGGUUCACAAACUAUCACACCUUCCAUCUCAUCUGACUUGUGUUAGGUCAGAAGAAUUGGAAACUAGCUGUGAAACUAGAGAACUUCUUUCCUUCAAUAUGAAUGCCAUCAAUGGACUUUUCUCACAGUGCUGGUCAUGACUCCCUGGGUCAGUACGGUUUCCUCCGAGUUGCUUCGGUUUACCGACAUUACAUUUGUAAUGUAAAAAAAAAAACACUAAUCAGGCCAUUCAGGCGCAUCGCGGCCAGCAACGAUGACUAAUUGCCCAUUUCCCUCUUUUUCACCUCCCCUUGCUUCUUUAAAAUCUCAAAGCUUGCAGCAUUCAGUACGGUUUCCUCCGAGUUGCUUCGGUUCACCGACAUUACAUUUGUAAUGAUAAAAAAAUGCUAACCAGGCCAUUCAGGCGGUGCAUCGCGGCCAGCACCGAUGACUAAUUGCCCAUUUCCCUCUUUUUCACCUCCCCUUGCUUCUUUAAAAUGUCAAAGCUUGCAGCAUUCAGUACGGUUUCCUCCGAGUUGCUUCGGUUCACCGAUUUUACAUUUGUAAAGUUAAAAAAAAUGUUGUUUCUCACAGUGGACGUUUUGUCAGAUUCGAUUUGGGCAUCGUCACCAGCAGCGAUGACCAAACGCCCAAUUUCCCUCUUUUUCACCAUCUAGGUGUGUCACUAAGCCACAUCCAAAUCGAAUCUGACAAGUCAAAACAUCCACUGUGAGAAACAUCUGGGCCACACUGAAGCUCAGUAUUUAACAAGACUCGCCAUGUUGCGUAGCUUUACCUCGUGAAAUUUCCUCCCACAUAGAAAAUAACUAUAAUCAGAUAUAACAACAGUGAAAAUAGAAGAAUAAAAAUUAAAAAGCUA